AUGAGGAUUGCAAUCCUAGGUCGAAACAAGCUAGGGUUCAUUAACGGCACAUGCAAAAGGGAGAAUUACGGUACAAAUCUCGUAGAUCUCUGGGAACGUUGUAAUGCGAUUGUAUUGUCUUGGUUGAUGAACUAUGUUUCUCUAGAAUUAUUGAGUGAGAUGGUUUAUUCGUCAAAUGCUAAUGAGGUAUGGGACGAUUUGAAGGAGCGAUUUGAUAAGGUGGAUUGCUCUAGGAUUUUUCAGAUCCACAGAGAAAUUGCUACUUCUAGGCAGGACACUAAAUUUGAUAGUUUGGCACCAAUUGCUGGUCGUGAUGCUGCUAACUCUCGUGAAUUUGUUCAAUUCAUGGAGCGUCAAAAGCUUCUACAAUUCCUAAUGGGACUGAAUGAGUCUUAUGAACAAGCACGUAGCCAGCUCUUGAUGAUGAUUCCCGUUCCAUCUGUGAACAAAGCUUAUUCUAUGUUAAUGAAGCGUGAGAGUCAGAGGACAAUGUCCAACACCUUUACCACUGUUGAUGGGGGUGAGAUGGCAGCGCUGAUGACGAAUAGGUCUAGGAAUCAGCAGAGGCCAAAGAAAAAUUACAAUCUUCAGUGUGAUGUAUGCCACAUGAAAGGCCACACAAAAGAAACUUGCUACAGGGUAGUAGGAUAUCCAAAAGAUAACAAAUUCAGGAAGAAGUACAAUUCCCAGACAACAGCUAAUUUUGCAGCUGAAGAUGUCCCAGCAACACUAGUUUGGAGGAAGCUUACUACACCAACUGUACAUACCACAACCAUGCCUACUUCUAUAUCAGUUAGUCAAGAUACAAUAAAACUGGAGACAUGGCACCAGAGACUUGGUCACCUACCUAUGGAGAAGCUUAAGAGGAUUGAUAAGUUCAAAAAUCUCCACACUAGUAACAGGAGCAGUGAUUGUGCAAUGUGUCCUGUUUGUCCAUUAGCUAGGCAGACUCGAUUACCAUUUCCAAUUAGUACUAGUAGAGCUAAGGCACCAUUUGAUCUUUUGCAUGCUAAUGUAUGGGGACCAUUCAGAGUACCCACUUAUGAUAGCAAGAGAUUUUUUCUUACGGUAGUGGAUGAUUUCUCUAGAAUUAAUUGGCUCUUCCUGAUGAAUGCUAAAGAUGAGACUUGUUGGUUAAUGAAAAGAUUGUUUUCUAUGAUCAGUACUCAGUUUGAUUGUUCUGUUAAGAUCCUGAGAACAGAUAAUGGUUCUGAAUUUGUUAAUUCAAAUAUGAAGCAGUUAGUUGAGACAUUAGGAAUUGUACAUCAAACUACAUGUGUUUACACUCCGCAGCAAAAUGGCAUAGUGGAAAGAAGACACAGAUACAUCCUUGAAACAGCUAGAGCUUUGAGAUUUCAAUAUGCAGCACCCUUAAGAUUUUGGGAGAAUCCACCUACUUCUACCAAUGACUUUGCACUUGAUGAUGCUGAUUCACUACUAACUCCCGAAGCACUACUUGAUAGUCUUGCACCACAGGAUGUUGAGCCUCCUUCACAUGUAGAGGUUGUUCAACCAAUUGCAGUUAGAAAAUCCCAAAGAACAACUGGCCCUCCCAGAUGGAUGUAG